AUGGAAAACGGCAGGCCGGAUACUCAAUACCAGCGGCUUCGUUAUAAGCAACCUCGGUGCCCCGCGCCGAAGCUCAACGGGAACACUUUGUGCUCGUUAGUGGCGAACAGGAGCGUCGCGUUUGUGGGCGAUUCGUUAACGGAGAACAUGUUCGAGUCGCUCAUCUGCCUGCUACACCGGUUCCAUGGCUCCCCAGAGCCUGUGAGCGUGGGGCAGCAGGAGCGGGUGCUGCGCUGGCCCGCCUGCAACACCACUAUCGCCUUCUACUGGAGCGCCUAUCUCGCCAACCUGUCGCUGACAGUGCCAGGCGAGCACAGCAAGGGCGGCCAGCUGGACCUGAGCCACGUGGACAUGCACUGGGGCCGCCACGUGGCAGAGCAUGACGUGUUCGUGAUCAACACAGCCCACUGGUGGUCACCGCAGCGCCUCUGGCUAGGAGGCAUCCCCUUCUCUCCUCCCUACUCCUCCUUCGCCUCCCCCACCUCCCUCCUCUCUGCCUAUCGCACCGCCCUUAACACCGCACUCUCUGUAUUCUCCUCUGCUGAAUCCAGUAACAAGCUUGUGGUGGUUACCACCAGCGUGCCUGGCCACAAGGAGUCACCUUCCUCUAACCAGUGCUCGUACACUACCCUGCUUAAACCCUCUCUUGAUGGAAAUCAGAUUGUUAAAAGCCCGGGUUCGCACAUGGAUGGGUUCAAUGCGGUGGUGAGGGGUGCAGUGGAGGAGUACAGGAAGGCGAGGGGGAGGAGGGGUUGGGUGGGGGCGGAUGCGAUGGUUUUGGAUAUUCAUGCGGCGUCUGUGUGGCGGCAGGAUGGGCACCCGGGGGUGUAUACAGGAUCGACUAUGGCUGAAAUCAAGGGAAUAGAGCAUGUACGCGAAUCCACUCAAGACCGCACAGAAACCCUCUCCGGCUCCUCUCAUCACCACGUCGCGAGGCGGCGUCUAGCUGGCAUCACGGGAUUGGUCAAGAAUAUCGAGCGGGUCGAGCAGGCGGUGUUCGAGCCGCAGCCGAUUCAACGGCCGCCACUCCCAAGCGCCGUCGGGCGCGUCGAGCUUUACAUCGAUGACGGUAUGGCCGUAGAUGGCUCGGAUGCCGCCGACGACGUCAUGCUCUCACGCGCUUCGCCGGAGGGCGUCACGGGACCCGCUCUUCUUCCGUUGGACGACAAUCUGGUUACCGACGUCUCGCCCGUCGCGAAGAAGCGGGUGUUGGAGCGGUCGUCGCAGGGGGGCGCGGGUGGUAGCACCGGCAAUCCCAAGGAGCGCACGAGCUGCUCCAUGGAACGCGGCUCGUGGCAGGUGGAUCCCACAUGGCCGCUGUACGACGCCACGUGUCCAUUCAUCUACCCGAAUCAAAACUGCGUGAAAAAUGGCCGGCCGGACCGCGUGUUUGAGCGCGUCCGAUGGACGACACCGGGCUGCCCGCUUCCCACGCUGACGAAGCGCACCCUCUGCAGCCUCGUCGCGGGAAAGAGCAUCGCAUUCAUAGGCGACUCCGUCACGCGCAACACGUUCGAGUCGCUCGCGUGUCUCAUGUACGGAUUCUACGGGAUGCCGGAGGAUCUGGCGGGGAUCAACAUGUCGUACGGGCUGGAACGCGGGUUCGUGUGGCCGUCGUGUAACUUCACCCUCGCGUUCUAUCGCACGAAUUUCAUGGUGCAGUUGACGCUGGACGAUCCCAGCAAGCCCAAGGGAGGCGGCGUAAUGGACUUAAACAAGCCGGACGAGCGAUGGAUGAGGCGACUGGAUCAACACGAUAUCUUCGUUAUAAACACAGGUCACUGGUGGACCGAGCAGAAGAUCCACGGCUCGGGCUUCCGCUUUGCGCCGCCCCACCAGAAGCUGUCCGUCGCAGAGGGGUUUCAGAAGGCCUGGGAGAUGACACUGAAGGUCUUUAAGAGCGACCGCAUGCGAGGCAAGGUGCUCGUUAUUCCCACUAAUUCGGCAACCCAUUUCACGGGCCAGGGCUUUAAGAGCGAGUGCCCGCACACUGCUCCGAUGAACGCCACGGGGUUCCUUAAUGACCGGUUUAUCAGGAACUACAUGACGAUGGAGCCUUAUAAUGGGGUGAUGAGGAAGCUUGUAGCGGGAAUGCAUGGGAAGGAGAGGGCGGAGGGGAGAACGCAAGGGGCUAAGGUGGUGCUGCUGGAUCAGGCUCGGCCGACCCUGUUCAGAAGCGACGGGCAUCCGGGCAGAUGGGCGCUCCUGCCCAAUGGGGUGAGGGACUGCGGACAUUUUUGUCUGCCCGGCGUGCCCGAUGUGUGGAAUGAGAUGAUGCUGCAGCGGCUGUGGGUGCUGGAUGAAGCACUGCGGGAUUGA